GAUGCUGAACUCCUGUACCUGGCUGCACGGUUGUAUUUAGGCACACUUUAACAGAGAUAAAUCCGGUAAACACCUCGCCCCGUGUGUACCAGCAAUCGCUUUUAUUAUUUCAGUGUAGUUCUCGCCCAGGCUGCAAAUCUGAUCAACACUUCACCAGCUUAGACUUAAUACUGUAUUAAAACAGAAGUGAACAUGACGGACGGACCGAGACACCGGGGCAGCGCGAGCACCGGAGGAGACGAACCAGCACCGGCUGCGAAAGGUGAAGGACAAUCAUCCGUGGCUUUGAAGAAAGAGAUCGGGCUUGUGAGUGCAUGCGGCAUCAUUGUCGGUAACAUCAUUGGCUCUGGGAUCUUUGUCAGUCCUAAGGGUGUGCUGGAGAAUGCUAGCUCUGUGGGCUUAGCUCUUAUCGUCUGGAUCGUCACAGGUGUCAUCACUGCUAUUGGUGCUCUCUGUUAUGCUGAAUUGGGAGUCACUAUCCCCAAGUCUGGUGGCGACUACUCAUAUGUCAAGGACAUCUUCGGAGGUCUGGCAGGGUUUUUGAGGUUGUGGAUCGCAGUGCUGGUGAUCUAUCCAACAAACCAGGCCGUCAUUGCUCUCACCUUCUCUAACUACGUCUUGCAGCCGCUGUUCCCCACCUGCUUCCCCCCAGAGAACGGCCUUCGCCUGCUCGCCGCCAUCUGCCUCUUGUUGCUGACAUGGGUGAACUGCGCCAGUGUACGCUGGGCCACGCGUGUGCAGGAUGUGUUCACAGCCGGGAAGCUGUGUGCCCUCAUCCUCAUCAUCAUUAUGGGUAUCGUGCAGAUUUGCAAGGGCGAGUAUUAUUGGUUGGAGCCAGUGAAUGCUUUCGAGCCCUUCCAGGACUACAACGUUGGUCUCAUAGCACUUGCAUUUCUGCAAGGUUCUUUUGCUUAUGGAGGCUGGAACUUCCUGAACUAUGUGACCGAGGAGCUGGUGGACCCCUAUGUAAACCUACCUCGGGCCAUCUUCAUCUCGAUCCCGUUGGUGACGUUCGUUUAUGUUUUCGCAAACAUUGCCUACGUCACCGCUAUGAGCCCUCAGGAGCUUCUGGCCUCCAAUGCUGUCGCCGUGACAUUUGGUGAAAAGCUGCUGGGAGUGAUGUCAUGGAUCAUGCCCAUCUCGGUGGCUCUGUCCACCUUUGGGGGAGUCAACGGCUCCCUCUUCACCUCCUCUCGGUUGUUCUUCGCUGGUGCCAGAGAGGGUCAUCUUCCCAGCCUUCUAGCUAUGAUUCACGUGAAGCGCUGCACCCCAAUUCCAGCUCUGCUCUUUACUUGUAUCUCAACCCUCUUGAUGCUGUGCACUAGUGACAUGUACACACUGAUCAACUAUGUAGGCUUCAUCAACUACCUCUUCUAUGGUGUCACAGUCGCCGGGCAGAUUGUACUGCGCAUUAAACAGCCUGACAUGCAACGACCAAUCAAAAUCAGUCUGGUGUGGCCGGUGAUCUAUUUGCUGUUUUGGGCCUUCCUGCUGAUCUUCUCUCUGUACUCUGAGCCUUUGGUGUGUGGAAUUGGCCUGGCCAUCAUGCUUACUGGAGUACCUGUCUACUUCCUGGGUGUCUACUGGGACAACAAACCUCAGUGCUUCAACACGUUUGUGGAUAAAAUGACGUACGUAGGCCAGAAGUUCUGUAUGGUGGUCUACCCAGCAGAGGAGGAGAAAUUUGAUGAUGGCUGUGGAGAAGGAAUAGAGAUGAAGGAGGAGGCUGCACCUCUGUCAGGAGCUACACCAAACUCUGCUGAUUGCUAAACACCAGCACACACACACACUCAAACACAGGGUGCCCAACUGAUACAGAUACACACUGGUAUACAAGGGUGUAAACUCACGAUGCACACUAGUAUGCCUUCCUGAUUGCUGCAUACACCUUUGCACAUCUGCAAUGACAAUGAGGGUUGUAAAGCUGGGUGCUAUAACAGUCCUAAAAACUUUUCACUUCCAACUGCUGCAGUAAGGAUAUUCGACUACAUUCUAUAAUCACUCGUGUCCACUUUCUCUAGACCUGGCUGCCCAGUUCUAAACCCUCAUAACUGAAUCUACAUAACACUGCUAUCUAGGGAAAGUCUGGUUUGUGAUACAGAAUUAAAUGUGUGUACAUGUAUUAACCUA